GCAACAGCUCAAGUCAGAGAGAGAGAGAGAGAGAGCCCUGAGCUGAACUGCUCAAAGAACAGCUAUAUGCAGCGCAUCAUGAAGGGAACAGUCACCUCUACUGCUACCCUCCUCCUCAUCAUUGCCGCCUCUCUCUGGGGCAUUUCUCAAGCCAAUGAGGACAGCAUGGCUACGCAGGAUUGCUGCCUCACCACCAGCCCAAGCAAGAUUCCCUUGAAGAUCUUGCACAGCUACCGAAUACAACUGCCCAGCGACGGCUGCAAAAUACACGCUGUCGUGUUCCGGACAAAGAAGAAUAGACAGCUGUGCAGCCCGCCACAGGAAAAGUGGGUGAAGAAACUGACGAAGAAACUCGACAUGAAAAAAACAAAACCAAGUCAGAAAAGGAGGUCGAUGAGGCACCGGUUGGGAAGGUGAGAGUUUUGUUUCAUUG